AUGCCUUCGAAUCCAAAAGACCGGGCUGUCGCUUCACUGGAACAGUUGGCCCUGUCGGACCAAGAUGUUGAGCUUCUCCACGAGAUUGUAACACGCGCCGAACAGUACCCAGAUGCCGACAUUCUUCCAUUUCGCGUUAUAUUCUCAGCGUAUGAUGCUGUACUGUCUGAGCAUGGCAUUCCCGUGGAAAGCGAUCAGACAUAUCUGCCCUUCCUAUUCCAGCUUGGGACUGUGCGAAAUGGUAGCAUCUCCGAACGCUUCGAGUCGCUCUUAGCCUCACUCGGUAUUCGACUCGAAUACGGCGAAGAUGCGGAACCAAACGAGUCUUUACCGAACGGCAUCUCACCCCAUGCUAGAGAAGACAGUGUACACGUUCUACAGCAGAGACCAAAUGGAGUUCAGCCGCGGAAAGUUGAGGGCAGGCGGCGCGCCUCAUUCGAUUCAGUGUACGAUGCAACGCAGGACCUUUCACAGCGCGCUAUCAACCGACCUAGCUCUAGGUCCUCCAUGUCCAGACUCGAGAGUGGGACGGUUAGGUCCUUGGACUUUGAUGCGGAAAUCAAAAAAUUAUACCCUUACAAGUCGGACCGCUCUCCUCAACGUCAGAGGUCGAGAAAUUCGGCCGGCAGUGAUAUCAACGGCCAGGCUUCUCGGGUUUUAGACGAUGAUUCGAACUCCUUCUCUUCAGAGAGCUCACAGCAUUCUAAUGCUCAAGAGUUGGGGAGUGGCCACAGAACCGAUCCGAAUAUCGUUUUGGAACAUCAGUAUAGUGAGAAUGGACUUUCCAUCACAUCUGAUGAGACACCGGACACUCCGCAAGUACCACCAGAGCUCUUCUACCAACCAUCAAACACACAGCGCCUACGAGAUGCCUCGGUUUUUGAUAUGUACAGACAAAGAAAUGCCCUCCGACUAAUGCUGUCGAGCUGGUCCAAAACAGCAAAGCGGAAGCGAGAGUUAGUCCAGGCCAUGGAGCAGAGGGCUAUCUAUUAUGACAGUAAAGCACUGGUUGUUCAAGUCUUGGACCUGUGGAAGGCUGCAUUGCAGGACAAACGCGAAGCCGCGGAAGCUGAGAGAGAGGCCUCUCAGAACGAAAAGUUUUUCAAUAACUUGGAGGAGCGAGCUGCUCGCGCUCGAGACCUAUACCUUCUCACGAAAGCGUUUACCCACUGGUCACAGAUUGCCUCCGAUGAAGUUCAUAGAACCGAGACAGCUCGUCGUCAUCUCCUCUGUAUCAAAUAUUUUAACGCAUGGCGCGAAAUAACAGCUGUUAACGAACUCAAAGCCCAGCGUUUUAUUCUGAAAAGGCCAUUCAAACUUUGGCAUACCCAACACCAACAAAUCGCCUCCCUAGCUUCUCAGGCAGACGAGUUUCGCCAGAGAAGCCUUAAGAGACGCACUUAUUCAUACUGGUUCUGGUCUUUUUGUGAUAGGCUAGCCCCGCGCUGGAAUAGGGAGCGAUUGAAACAACGGUCAUUCAUCGCUUGGCUACGUGCUCUCCGAACUCAGAGGGAACGAGAUCUUUCAAUCGAUUCCAACCGCACUCUGGACUCUCUAAAAAUCACAUUCCAAGCUCUUGUCCGGAAAUAUCGUGAAGUUUCCUCUGCCGAAAGCAGUGCAAAUGACCAUUGGAAAGCCCAUACCACGUCACACUAUCUGACAGAAUGGUCAGUCAAGCAAAAGUAUAGGACGCCCUUUGCAGAGGUGACUAGCCGAGUAAACACUAAGCUAUUGCGCUCAUGCCUAGAGAGCUGGUCACGACAGACACGCAUGGAGAGAAGCGCGCGGGACGCGGACAGACUUCGUGUUAUGCGUAACUGCUGGACAACCUGGAAUGACCAUCUUCGCUGCCAGGCUUUGUCAUCCCGAACGGAGGAAAGGAUUGUUCUACAAGCAUUAUAUAAAUGGAUUCUGAUGGGAAGACUGCGCCUGUUGAAUAGAAUACAUCAACAACGGAUGAAAGCCAGCUACCUCAAGACGCUGAUGGAAAAUUCUCGGGGUUUGUACAACGAGCUCCUCGUCAAAGAGGCUAGGUUCCGAACUAAUAGAAAGCGAAAAUUGGCACAAGCUGCCUUUAGCUACUGGAAACAACGCCUUGAUAUCCAAAAGCAACGUGAGCUAGUGAGCCGGGCGUUCUACGCACCUCCGGUCCAGCAAGAGGUGCUUCAAAGUUGGAAAGCGCGCAGUGAUCAUCUGGCAACUCUCAAUACCUGGGCAAAGAAAUCAGAGUAUUUUUUCUUGACGACAAAAACGCUGAAGCAGUGGCGGAGUGCCACAGCCGAGUCCGCCAAGAGGCGAAGGUUGGAAGCGUAUGCAGCUAUCCGGCGCAAAGUGAAAAUGAACCUAGCCUCUGCGAUUAUUUCCGCCUGGCGGUCCCGCUGUGCCACUGUUCGUGAAAUGCACCAGCAAUCAACUCAGAUAUAUGGCGCCAAACUUAUUGCAACCGGAACCAAUAUAUUCCACCUCUGGUCGGAGAAGACCACACAACGAGCACAGCACCUUGCGGAUGCGCAGUUGUACUAUAACCGGCAGUUGGUCUACAAUAAUCUGACGCACUGGGCGGGGAUGCAACGGUCCUACCAAAUGCUUGACGAGAAAGCAACUCGGUUUUUAGAGAUCCAUGUCUCUGGCAUAGCUCUUGCCCAAAUUCGGAAAUUAAGCCUUCGCAUAUUCGAAGUCAAGACUCGGUUAGAAACUGCUGAUGCUUUGUAUGGCCGCAAUACCCGAAAGCACUACCGGAAUAUGAUCCAUCACUGGCGCGAGAAAGCAAAGAUCUCAAAGGACUUUGACUCUUUUCCAAUUGAAACUCCAUCUAAAGGCGGCCAUAGUAUCCGGGUUGAUGAUCCGCAUGAAUGGCAAGGAAUAGAUCAUAGCCACGAACGAGGAGAGCUACCGAUACGGCAACCGGAUUUUACAUCUCACACCCCCAUAUCAACACCAGGCUAUCUCAACAGCCCUUCGAAGCGGGCCGCCAGGGCAAGGGCUUUGGUUCAGAUGUCUACAACUCCAGCAACACCAUUGCCAACAUCAUUUCCUAGUAAGCUCUGGGCGGCAAGCGAACCCAGGUUACAGCCUAUAUAUUCAACCAGGAGAAGUGCGUUUAAGCGUGGUGCAACAAGCACCAAUGUACGAUUUGCUAUUGAUGAGGAGCCAGAAUCGCCUACCGAAGGCAGAUCAACUGGAAGGGAAUUAAGAUAA